GGUAUAGCAAGUUGCUGUAUAAAUACAAGCGAUUCGACCGCACGCGCUUCAGUCUGCUUCAGUCUCGUCGAAAGGUCCCCGAGUGUUUUUGUGCGUCUUUCCUUCCUUUCUCGAUUCUUUUCCUUUAUUGACAUCAAGAUUUGACAUUGCAAUUAGAAAUCGGAUACGAGGAAUAAGUUGGUGCGCGCAACGGAAUCUUGCGGACGAGUAAAAAACCAAGGAGGGAAGAAUGAAGAUAGGAUGAGAAAGUUACAAGUAUCCCUUAGAAAACGUAACAGUUGGAUACACGAGUUGUUUCCUUUGACAGAGCAAAUCGGCUUAUUCUCGUUGUCUGCUAAUAGUGGAAAAUACACAAAGUGAAAGUGCGCCUUAACGAAGAAUCGGUAAAGCCGAGAUACUCUCGCCACAGUGAAGUGUCGAAUAUUCUAUUAUUCAUUUUUACUCCAGUGAUUCCUCCUGACUCCGACUGCGUAUUCGUUUGCUCGUUAUCGUUCAUCGCGCAUCCCCCCCGCCCACCCCGUUAGUUUCGUAACCUCUUUUUGUAGGAGUCCAAAAGUGUUUUCAGUGCGUCGACGCACGCUCGAUUUUUCAUCGAGCCGUCUCGAAUCGGACCGUCUUUACGGUGCUUUUAUCGCUGCGAUAAGGAUUAUUUUCGUGUACAUUUGAUUAGACCAUUUUUCAUUAUUUCCAAAGUGCCUGUUUUAUUCGCAUUCCUCUUUACGCUCGGAUACGCUUCUCGGCGUAUGACAUUUCGACGUCUGGAUGAAAGUAGCGUCGUAAGAAAUUCGAAUUGUGAACGCUGACUGGGAAAGCCUCCGUUAAAGUGACAAGAUUGUCGAGAAGUUUUCUCUUGGAGGCGAAGUCAACCGGAGGACUGAAAGUAACGGUAAAAGAAUGCCAGGAUCAUCGCGGGAACGAUAGAUCAGAGUCGGCAGAGAGAGAGAGAGAGAGAGAGAGAGAAGCACCGUGCUUGGAAAGAAACAUGUCACUGGCGCAGUAGCUGCUUCCAACUCGCAUGUCGUUUCCCAAUGAAAAACACAAUACUUCCAAGAAGCGUAAUGCGUGCUACGAUUAUGGAAACUCCGUGAGUGAUUGUGGGCGUAUUGUUUAGGGAAUUGAAAGAAAAGAAAAGAUAAAAGAGAGCAGGAUCCAAGAGAAAAGAAAGCCGUGGCAGAUUACUCGCGCCGAGAUAGAGUAUGGAAAGCGCGAUGUACAUAACGGAAUCGCAGAACAACAACCGGACAGCCGGUAAAUUCGCAUCGACGGGAAACAUACCGUCCCUGGUCGAGGAAUCGCUGACGGAACAGCAACAGGAGCAACAACAGGAGCAACAACAGGAGCAACAACCCGAUCAAGAGGAGGAACGGGAGCAACAGGAGCCGUCGAAUGACGACGAAAUGGUAUUGCAAGAAAGAGUAGGAAAGAUGCAUGCAAUCGCGACAGAAGAUUCGGGACGGUGCGUUUCUUUAGUCGAGGAAACUUUGGCGCAGCAAGGCCAGCGACAGGAAGUCGAAGGCGCAAAGGAAGACCCAAGCUCGGAUCAAUGUCCCACCGACGAUCGGCAUCUCGUCCAGCAAUACAAUUCAAAAUUGGACGUAUCUUUGAAGCGAUCCAUACCUUCCUUGAUCGAGGAGACGUUGACCAAGAGUAAGGAAAUUUUGAGAGAGGACGAUCAGAUGGAUCAAACCUCAAGAAAAUCCAUUCCGUCCUUGGUAGAGGACGCGAUGAUCCAGCAAGGCAACAAUUUGGAACAAAGGGGGCAGCAAAGUGCCCUGCUGGGAUCCAGGCCCUCGCUCCUCGAGGAACCCACAGCGCAGCAACGGAAUAAUUCGCAGAGGUCAGAGAGAAGCGAAAAGGAAUCGGGCAAAGAUUCAGCGCUUCGUUCCGCGAAGGAAAAUGCUCCGCCUAGGGGUUUUGAGAACGUGAAGCUACGUGAUAAGGAAAAGAGCCUCGAGGCCAAGCGGAUAUUCACGAAGGACUCCAUCCUGGGAAGUUCCGUGCCGUCGCUGCUCGAGGAGGAUUUGAAUGAUUUCGAGCAGGAGAGUCGUGAGAAAGUACCAAAGAGCAGAGGUCGCCGACACAGCGUCCUGGAGGAUCUUCGGGCACGGAGGGACUCCCUGUUCCAGCGUGCCAGGAGGGCGAGCACCUUCGACGAGGGGAAGGCCGGCAAGAAGGACAAGAGUAGUCUGGUCGAGGGCGAGGAGAAGCGUCGAAGCAGCGACGGUGGGCGUCGUGGCUCGGUCUUUUACGUGUCCGAGGAUCUCCUCGAGGAGAAUCAGGAGGCCGUGGACGCGGAGGCGGCCGCCGCUGCGGAACUCGUCGACCGCAAGGGGAGACGGAAAUCUUGGCAUCCUUUGGCAAAACCCCCGAAAAUCGAUCGGAAACGGCGCAAGGGAGUCGCCGGUGCGCCGCAGGUUUCGGCUUCCGAAGUUGGCAGCAACGACGGAAUUUACGUUAGACAGAAGAGACCGUCCUGGUGGAAUAUAUUCGUGCCAGACUCCGUCAGCAGGUCCCGACGGAUGUCUCAGGAUGUGACACAUUCCAGGUCGACUGAGAACCUCACAGUGCCUUACUUCAGGAGCAAGAGUCGCAGCGUGGAUCAUGGAUUUACAGCACCGUUCGACCUGGACGCACUUCGCAACAAAGUCGAAGGACGCUUCGAGUCGGUCGAUAAGCUUUCGAAAGAUUCCGAUACCGAAAGCAAGGAUGGUUCGACAACUCAGGAGAAGAAACACGGUCGUGUUUCUCAACCCAUUAAUACGAUUGCCUAUACGGUGAACGACAGGGAUACCCUGACUUCGGUAGCGGCCAGAUUUGACACUACACCUUCCGAGCUGACCAAAUUGAACAGACUGGGCAGCACCUUUAUUUAUGCGGGCCAGCAAUUGUGGGUACCUGCAAAGGGGGAAGGACGUCUAGGCGGUAGCGUUACAACGGAUGCACCCAGUCCUGAUCCUAACCAGGAUCAUGAGUCUCAGGAUGACCUACCACCCGAGGAAAAAGAACUUCUUGACAAUCUGCGGCCUGUCUCGCCAAAGCCGAGCCACCUGGACCGGGUAAAAACACCAUUGGGCAGUGCUGCGACCACUGUGGACGAUGAGGAGCAGCCAUACCGGGAGAGAUUCCUCAAAAUUAACGUUCGCCAUAUUACGGAUGGACAGGGCGUGGUAGGUGGUGUUUUAUUGGUUACACCCAACGCUGUCAUGUUCGAUCCGAAUGUCUCGGAUCCUCUGGUGAUCGAGCACGGUGCUGAAUCGUACGGUGUGAUUGCGCCGAUGGAAUUCGUCGUCAAUGCUGCCAUUUACUAUGAUAUCGCUCACAUGCGCGUCGGGCAUACAGAGUCCUAUGGGACUGACAAGAAACCGGAAAUCUACUAUAUGAAGAAGCCGAAUCAGGAAGGACGCAGCAAAUGUCAGUCGCCUGGGAAGGAUGAACAUUUUCCAGAAUUGACUGCCGACGAUAGCGAAUCCGUCUGCAGCUGCGCUGAACGCGACGGCGACGCCUUUCCCAAGGCUUUUGAAAGAGAUCUUGUCACGCCUACCAAUCUUCAAAAUGAAGAAGGAUCAGCUACGACCAAAGAUAAGGAGAAGGAUCAAGAGAAGUUAAAAGAUAAAGAAAAAGAGCCAAGCGGGCAGGCUAGUCGAACCCUGGAGGAGCGCAGGCGAUCGAUGCUCGAUCAUCAUUGGGCGGUUCCUAGCAAAGAUCGACUGUCAUUUUCCGUCGAUGACGAGCAGCAGGAUUCUCUGAGCUCUGAAAAGGCGGAACCCGUAAAAGCCAAUACAAUUCCUGAAGACGAGGAGGGAUCUCUAGUCAAGUUGUCAUGCCACGACUCGGGUAUUGACAUUCGUGAUCCUAAUCCUCCUCUUCCGAUUGUUCAACCAAUCCCAUCGAAGAAGGUUUAUUCGGAUGCCGAUAUUGUCCUCUCCUCUGAUUGGGUACCUCCAAUUACGAUCGCUCCCACUAACGUCACCAACACUAGUUCCGACAGUGGACACGCAAGUACCAACGGUCGCAAGAAAGCCAGUUCAGUGUCCUUUAGUCUCGACAGCAACACUGAGGAAAUCGAAAAGGACGACGAGCACAAGGACGACGAUAGGCAGGAGACUCGCAAGAAUAAGAUGCUAAAACGACUAUCAUACCCCUUGUCCUGGAUGGAAGGACUGACCGCCGAGAAAGAGGAUGAAUCGAAACCAGUACCUGAAAAGGGAUCUAGCUUACCGAACAGUGCGGAUGCACAUCAUUCCUCUGUAUUCAGCAAAGUAUUCUCCAGCUCGCCCAUCAACCUGGUGAGUGACUUUAGCCAGGGCCUGUUCGCUAAAACGCCCAGCGAGGAGAGUGGAGGCGGCCGGGCGGGAGGAACACCUCCGCCGUUAGGUGCCGCCUCGCUCUCUCAGGACUCUGCCAAUCCUCAAUUCUCACCAGGUCCCAUAGGCCUCAUCGGGCGUUCCUCCGUGGGUACCUUCAUACGGCAGCAACCACUGACGUCAUCCGGCAGCAGCAGCGUCGACAGCAGUCGUGGAAGUAAAACGUCAACCGCACCGCCGCGUCUCGAUUAUCGCAGCAUGGUGUCUGUGGACGACAUGCCCGAACUUUUCGUUAGCUUUGACAUCCAAGCACCUAAUUUCCCCGAACUCGAAGGCCUCGAACUGAUACCACGACCCGCGAGAUCCUGCGAGGACCCACCCCUUUACCUGAGGCUGCGCACAGGAAGACCCAAGGGUAAGAAGAUACCAAGAUCGACGCCGAUAAUGAGCUAUGGAAAGAAAAAGCUACGACCGGAAUAUUGGUUCAGCGUUCCGCGCAAUAGGGUCGAUGACCUGUACAGGUUCAUCCAUGCAUGGGUUCCUGCUCUUUAUGGAGAACUCGACGAGAAUCUAUGGCGUGAACGUGGCUACAUUCUCUCCGAUACGGAGACGGACCUUUCGCCCGAACUGUCACCUCACGACGGGGACCCGAGUGAACUUGCCGAGGAAGGGAAAACUGGUCCGCGCGACACCGACGACAUCUCUGAGCUCACUCGGGAAUCAUGGGAGCUGAUAAAGGCACCCUACGUAAAGCUCUACAGCAUCUUGAAGACCUCGAGCGCAUCUGCAGACUCUGAACAGGCCCAGGAUCCCGAGGUCCUGUCUAUGAGCGAGGAGCUCAGGCGAGCACUCUAUGCGAGUAGUGCUGUCUCCCUGGACUCGGACGUCAUCGUUCCGGACUUGGUUGGAACAACGGAAAUUCUUAGCGACGAGCACAGGGAGCACCUCUGUCGUCACCUGCCAGCCAGAGCCGAAGGAUACCUGUGGACCCUGGUAUUCAGUACGAGUCAACAUGGGUUCAGUUUGAACAGCAUGUAUCGCAAGAUGGCGAGACUCGAGAGCCCCAUUUUGCUUGUGAUCGAAGACACCGAAGGCAACGUUUUUGGUGCUCUGACCUCCUGUUCGCUGCACGUCAGCGACCACUUCUACGGAACCGGGGAAUCUCUUCUGUUCAGGUUCACACCAAGGUUCCAGGCGUUCAACUGGACGGGCGAUAACCUCUACUUCAUUAAAGGCAACAACGAGAGUUUGGCCAUUGGCGCUGGAGAUGGUAAAUUUGGUCUGUGGCUUGACGGUGACCUGUAUCAGGGCAGAACGCAGUCGUGCAGCACCUACGGUAACGAGCCGUUGGCGCCGCACGAGGACUUUGUCGUUAAGACCCUUGAGUGCUGGGCAUUCAUAUAGGAUCAGGGGCCAGGGCUGGCCAUAUCGUCCUGCUCCUCGCCCAACCUUACGUGAAAGGUCGAUCGGCCAAUCAGAAAGAAAACUCCGGCUAGAGAUUAGAGAGGAGAAGAGGCAAUGGGGAAAGAGAAUUUGGAGACCGCGGAGUCCCGCCGGCCGGAAACUCUCGAAUUGUGUUUGGUGCAUUUCGGAUGAAAAGAGAUUCAGAGACUCUCAGUCUUGACUAGAAGAGGAUCGUUGAACGAGCUGCUGGAAAUCCUUGAUAAAAGUUGUUCGGAUCCGAGAAAAAGAAUGAAGAAUAACGAAGGAGUGACUUCGAAGCGGAACUCGAGUCGCGACGAAGUGCCAAGAAGAUGCUCGAAGCGGUGCUCGGCGAAAAUGAAGUCUGUUUUUGUGUCGCGUUUGCACGGAACUAGUGUCCAAUUAUUGUCGUUUAUUUUUAUAUAUACAUAUAUGCAUAUAAUAAUUAGCUUAUUUAUUUUAUCGAAUUUCUUCUUUGUCUACUUUUUUUUUCUAUUUCUUUCACACUACAUUGUAUCACGAUCUUACUUCUCUUUCAAGUUUUCCCUUUUUUAUUUCUUUUUAUUUGUUACACACAUGAGUUUUCGAAUUUGAAUAGAAUUUUGAGGAUAACUAGGACUACGAGAAUCCUACUUAUCUGUCAAUAAAAUGGAUCGUCGUGACGUUGUCGAAAUUAGCGAGAACAGUAGGUAUACCUAUAUACACGCGAAUACCUUAUUUAGAUGUGUUCGGUGGCAACAGAGAAAUUUUUGAAAUCCAAUUUAUCACGCUACGCGACUCAACACGCGAUGCUACGAAGCAACAAAAAAUGCUAACGCUCUAACUGUUUAUUGUUGAUGUGUAGAUAAUGUAGAUAGUCUAUGUAAAUAUAUAUUACUUCUAAUAAGAGAACAGUAGAAAUUUUGUGCUGUUGAAAUCAAACGCUAAUUGGCGCGCCUCGUUUUUCCGGCAUCUGUCAUGAAGACAUAAGUUGCCCAUUUGUUCAUUUACCGAUCACGUUGCUGCAUGACAUUACAAUUUAGAGUUUCUCUCCUUCUUGAAAUGUCGCAACGUAAUACGGAUCUGUCAUUUUGUGCAUCAUGUUGCCAGGCGACAUUGAUAAGACGCCAGAACACGUUGCGCCCUAUAUUAACGUGUUGAAGGGAUUUAAAUAUAACUGGCAAAAAAUUAAACACGAGUAUCUAUUACAUGUGGAACACACGAGAAGAUGAGAAACAUUGAAAAUUUUGCGCCUAAAAUAAGAAGACGGAUUCAAUUUCGAAAAGAUCACGAACCCGGUAGUCGUGCUCUUCCCGGGAAGGAAGAGGAAAGAAUAAACAUCUAUGUUAAAGAAAAAGAUAUCUGUUCGACCUUCGACAGUCUAUCUACUCUUCAUGGUGAAUUAGCAAGAGGAACUGAACACUAACAACGAAGUCUUGAUAGCCUUACAAGCUCACUUUUCGUUUCUUUUCAUUUUUCCCCUUGAGCACUCCUAAUAAUUUCUAUGGUAGUUUUCUCUUUACGUGGGCAUACGUGAAAGUAACAACAGACUUGUGCUUAAAACAUGAUUAUCGUAGAAAAGAGAUAGGCAAUAACGUAUAUCGCUACACACUUGUAUAUGCGGUGUGUCUUUUUGCUUUUUGACAAUCUGUUCAGUGCAAUUGUAAUCGUCACUCUGAGGAUACGAAUUUCCAUGAUUAUCAUUAUUGAUAUUGCCUGUAUUUCUUUUCCGGCUGUAAUUAUUAACGUUGCGUUUGCCCUCUUAGCCCGUAAGGGAACUCCAUAAAAUAUGAUUUCAUUAAUAAAACUUAAGAGGUACAUACAAAGAUAAUAAUCGAUAUUUAUCGUGAUUCGUUGAUUAAACUGAAGAGCACUGGGACGUCAGAAAGAAAGGAUAGCCACAAUGGUUCCUCUUUUAAAUAAUUGAGGCUGAAAGGGUUGAAAACAAUCACGUUUUCCUACACCUCGAAAGGUGAGGCUGGUUCGAUGUUUUAUGUGAUGAUACUUUAAUACCACGAUGAAACACUUGUCGCGCUUUGAUCUUUCGAGAUUCUUCCUCGAAUCUUUCCUACGUCAACUUUUGAUACUCGGCUAGGAAGGAUCAAGGAUUUCAAGAGAAAGAGGAGUGAUCAAUGAUAAAAAAAAAGAUUAUGGAAUAUUCUAUUUGGAUCUUGUUGAUCGAUGUAUCUAUGACGCAUGGGGGAACCCUGGGAACCCUUGGAAUUGACAAAUACGCAAAGACAUCGAAAAGAAUAAUUAUUGUGAAAUUAGGAUGAAACAAUUAAUACGGGGAAGAUUGCGAUGCCGAAAGAACCAGCGAAUCACAUAAUUGUGCUUGUUGUAGAUUGAAAUUUGCAAUUAGGUAUCGAGGAAUAUUUGCAAGUUGGCACGAGGAAAGGAAAUAAAAAGAAAAGGCAACUUCACGUAGAGAAAACAAGCUUUCGGUAGAGUAGACUACUAUAGGUUUGGCAAAUAUAUAUUGAGUAUAAAGAGGAAGUAAUGGAAACAUAUAUGACACGUAAAAUUAGACAAGUUAAUCGGACUAGGCUGUAAUUUAGAGGCUAAAGUGAUCUUGUGAUAUAUACGAUGCGUAUCGACCGUUUUCAUGACUUAUGCAAGUGACAGAAAACCAGAUGGAGAACUCAUUCCGGUCGUUCUUCUAUGUAUCGUGACAAAAUUUAUUUUACAUAUGGCAUACUAUUUUUUUAAAACGUCUCAUUGCCAAAACCGACUAUUAAGUUUAAUUGGGAUUGCUCAGCAUGGAAAUUAGAUCAUCUGGGAGCGGUCGAUGGCGAAUUAAAAAACUGAUAGAAAAAGCGAAAAAAAAAUAAAGCACGCGAUAGCAAUUCAAUAGUUGUCAGGAUGAAUACGUUUUACUGCGUUGUGAUUCGUUAGGCCUGUAGAAGUUAAAUGUGAAUUUAUCAAUUGGAAGGAAAAACACAGUUUAGGUUGAUUGGGGUAAAGCGUCUAUUAUCGAUACCACACCUCUAUUAGUACUUACACGACAGAAAAAAAGAAAUAAAGUUUGAAACUUUUCAACGCGAUGAAACGGCCUGUACAAGUUCGCAUAUCAGCAAGAAAUUGCGACACGCGUGUGCGUAUCAUUCGUACUUCAGGAAGAAAGAAUGGUGAAUUUCUACGAGAGCCAAUGGAAUUUUCUUGAACAUUUUUUUCUCUGUCUCUCACAAAACGACCACCUUGUACUCGUCUGAAAUAGCCUGUAGUCACGUAUUCGCAGAUCGUGAAAAUGAGCUAGGAGCGAAGUGAACCUUUUGAACAUUGUCAAUUAGAUUCAGACUGACUGCAGGGAUUGAACCACGUGUAAACACAAUUUCGUGUUGUUCGGUGAAAAUUCGCUUUUUACUUUGGAAAAUAUUUUUCAUCUUUUUUUCUUUCUCCAAUUCCCGCUACUUGUCUCAGUUGUGUGCCUGAGAAUUUGCAUACCUAUGUACUUGCGAGCGUGUCUAUCUCUGAGUGCAUGUAUGUGUCUUUAAUCGUGGUCGUUGUCUGCUAGUGCCCCCACAAUGACAGAAUGCUAAACUUGCGCCAAAGGAAAGAUCGGCGGGUCCAUUCGGAUAAGUGUACAAAAUGAUAAGAAAAAAAAGGAUCAAAAUCUAAACGCGAUUUAGACUCGUCGCAUUUGCCACAAAUGAACUGUCAACACACCUCAUUGAAAUCCAAUUAAAUUUAUAUGAAAUUCCAUUGACAUUUCCCUUUCACGAUUGGUAACACGUACUCGUAAAAUUGGUACAACCGUCUUACGUUAAAAUCCGAGAAAUAACGAACUUCAAUAUCGCCAUCUAACUGUCGCCGGCAUUAAAACGCUCCCACACGAAAAUCGAAUGCUCGUUGUUCUUCGACAGAUCGAACGAGUUAUCAGCGCGAGAAUCGACAGGAAUCGAGAAUAGUUUGAAAGCCUAACGAGCGCACGCCGGUCGUCAGAGGUACUAAAAUGCGGAGGAGGCCCAGGUUUACCAACCGCGAACAAACCUACCGAUCGGGCUCCAUGUACGUUAUAUUGUUGGAACGAAGUAAAGAAGGUUCCGGUAGGAGGGCUCAUCUCGUGAGAAACUCUGGACCAAUAAAAAUUUUACACUUCUAUAAAACUUAACGCCUGACUGAGCAUACAGUGCCCUCGGACCCGAGUUGAUGCGCGAGUACAGGUAGAGGCAAAAUUGUUUAUCCAGUAGAUACCCUAAAUGCCGUCUACUAUACUAAAAACUAUAUAUAUUUAAUCAUGUGGUCCACUGCAGCUUCCGAUCCAACAGCCAACACCUCGAUGCCCAAUUAUGCACGUGCAGCUAGAAAAAAGAGAAAUCUGCAGGCGAAUUCUCCAAGAAUUCUCCACGUUGGAUGCCAAUGAAAAUACAUUAUUUUUCUGCAAAAUUUAUUUUACUUAUCACACUGGCCGACGAGAUACUUGAAUAUGCGGAAGACAAUAAUCCUCAAAGAUUUUCUCAUUCUCGCGACGCAGCUUCGACUAUUGCAAUUACGAUGUAUCCUGCGCCUGCAGCUUUACUUCAGAGUUGAUUCGGAACUUCAGCGACCAGACAUGAAUAAAUGUUGUGUACAAAGCUGUAUAAAUACGUGUGCGUAUAACGAAAGAGAAAAAGCUGAAUAUGCACAUGUAUGUACUCCGUGUAUAUCCAACUAAUUGUAACAUAUUACCAGCUACGGUAUGCAUAUGCAUAUGUUAUAUAUUUAUGAAGUAUGUAUACAAUGAUGAAAGUACAGGUCGUUCCAGUCGCGUUGCAGCCAAUCAUCUUGUUUUCCCAAUGCUCCAGUUCUCUACUACGACUGACUGCAAAUGAAAUUGCGUUUGAUCCUCCUUACGUGGAAACUGUUUAAAAAUAAUAGAUCCGCACUCGAUAAGCCAGAAAAUUACAAUUCGACUGGAAGGCCCUGUACGAUUGUAUAAUUGAGAAGCCCACGAUGCCGAUGUGAGUAGCACUGCAUUUAGUGAAUUAAGGUUAGAGAAGACGAAUUUGACGUAGGAGCAAUGAAGAGAGGAAACCGCAGUCAAUAUCGCGAGAGUCGAACCUAAUUAGGGAUCAUUAUUGACUCACGAUCCCUAAUUAAGGAUUCUAGAUUAUUUUGAUCGAUUAACAAUAAUAUACGAGGAUCGAGAUACUGAGAUCGUCGCGUAGGUCGAUCGCGUUGUUUACCCUAAAAGAAUAACUAUACUGUGCGUUCUAUACAUAAUGUUGUAAUCACAGCGAGUCUGCUCUGUUGCGAGACUACGGUGAUGCCCUGGUGUUGAAAA